GUCCCGCCCCCCUGACAGCGUCUGGAGCCGCCGCUGAGAGAGCAUCCACCGCCGAGAGCCGCUCCCGCCGCUGCCGCUUUCGCCGCCGCCUCCUCCUCCGCCGCCUCCGCCGCCGCCGCCUCCACCGAGGGAAGGGAAGCGUAUCGUAUGUCCGCUAUCCAGAACCUCCAACCCUUUGACCCCUUUGCUGAUGCAAGUAAGGGUGAUGACCUGCUCCCUGCCGGCACUGAGGACUACAUCCAUAUAAGGAUCCAGCAGCGGAACGGCAGGAAGACCCUCACCACAGUUCAGGGUAUCGCGGAUGAUUACGAUAAAAAGAAACUGGUGAAGGCCUUCAAAAAGAAAUUUGCCUGCAAUGGUACUGUAAUCGAGCACCCGGAGUAUGGAGAAGUGAUUCAGUUGCAAGGUGACCAGCGCAAGAACAUAUGCCAGUUCCUCGUAGAGAUUGGACUGGCUAAAGACGACCAGCUGAAAGUCCACGGGUUUUAAGUGCCUGUGGCUCACUGAAGCUUUAUGCAAGAAGAUUUCCUUACCAUGAAAUUCCCAUCUGUCCCUUGUCAUAAGUUUAAAACCAGCUGGUUUGUGUAAUGUAACGAUCUUGGGUCCACUGUUCAGUCUGGACUAGUGUAAUUCAGUGAUGUAAUAAACUGACAAAGAGCCCAUGCAA